GUUCGCUUAGUUAUUCCCUUUGGAACGUUCAAUCCAAACGGUUGUGUUGGGGUUUGUUCUCGCUUCGUAAUAUCAGCAUUCAACAAGUGGAUUUAAAAAAAGAUACUUAUAAUAAUAAUGGCUAGCACAAAGUUCUUGACGCUUAACAAUGGUGAGAAAAUGCCCGUCAUUGGCAUUGGCACCUGGCAGUCAUCUGAUGAGGAAAUCGAAACCGCAAUCGAUGUCGCCCUGUCGGCGGGCUAUAGACACAUAGAUACAGCCCCGGUCUAUGGCAACGAGAAGGCAAUUGGACGUGUGCUCAAGCGUUGGCUGGACGCUGGUAAAGUGAAGCGUGAGGAUCUCUACAUUGUAACAAAACUGCCACCCAUUGCGAAUCGUCCACAUGAAGUGGAGCCCACUAUCAAGCAAUCGCUGGCCGAUCUGCAGCUGGACUAUGUGGACAUGUAUCUAGUGCAUACGCCUUUCACGCUAUUCAUCAAUCCCGACGGCAGCUUUCAGUUCGAUGAUGAGGGCCGCGUUAAGGUUGACAAGUCAACGGAUCAUGUUGCCGUCUGGGCCGAAAUGGAGAAGCUGGUUGCAAGUGGCUUGGCCAAAUCCAUUGGCGUUUCCAACUUUAGCAAGGAGCAAGUGGCACGCCUGCUAAAGAAUUGCAAAAUACGUCCAGCCAACAAUCAGAUCGAGCAUCAUGUCUACCUGCAGCAACGGGAUCUGGUGGACUUCUGCAAGGCCGAGAAUGUUGCCAUUACGGCCUACUCGCCGCUCGGCUCCAAGGGCAUUGCUAAGUUUAAUGCGGCCGCUGGAGUACAGCGUGACUUGCCCGAUCUGAUGGAUAUACCUGAGGUAAAGCAGAUUGCCGAAGCACAUAAGAAGACUCCAGCUCAGGUGCUGCUGCGCUGGAUCAUUGACACGGGCGUUGUGGCCAUACCGAAGAGCACGAAUGAAUCGCGCCUUAAGCAAAAUUUGGACGUCUUCGACUUUGAGCUGAGCGCCGAGGAGGUGGCCAAAUUGUGCGCCUUGGAUAAGAACAUACGCAUCUGCGACUUCUCCUUCUUCCGCGGUGUGGAACAGCAUCCGGAGUUUACUUUCAAGAAUCAGUUCACCGAUUAAACCAUUAUAAACAUGAAAACAUUUUAUAUAUUUUGUACUCCACAUAACAAUAAAAGAGGAAAAAAACUAUACAAAUUU